GUUUAUUCCCCAGAACCCAGAACCGUCAGUCAACCUCCGCAUAAAGAUACAUGGUUUUCUCCAGCUUCCUGAAAUCCCCGCGUCGGAUCCACUGCGCGACCUAGUUGCCAUCCGUCAAGUGGACAAGAUGGCAUCCACAAUGAUGGGGGUCUUCCCAACAUUGGCAACCCGCGGUUCGUCAUGUACAUGAUUCACGGAGGAUAUAAAAGGACGCACCCGGAUGGACGCAAUCCAUGGGCAUAGGCAUGUGGUAUUCGAUCGUUAACCACUUCCCUUAACGAUACUAUCCCCCGUUCACUAUGCGUACCUGGUAUGGAAGGGGCAAACCCCUUCAAGCAGCCAUUACAGCAUGCUGUCUUGUGGCAUUUAUCCUGUUCGGAUACGACCAGGGCGUCUUCAGCGGGAUUGUUGGGAAUGAUGACUGGAGGAAGCAGUUCAACUAUCCGGAUGAUUCGGAAGAAGGGAUUAUAGUAAGCUGCUAUAACCUGGGCUGUCUUUUGGGGUGCUUGGUCAACUUCUUCAUCGGAGAGACGCUCGGCCGUCGGAAGACCAUCUGGCUGGCGAUGGGCGUGGUGAUUGUGGGCGCAGUAUUGCAGACUACCGCGUUUACUGUGCCUCAUCUGAUCAUUGGACGACUGGUGACGGGCGCAGGUACAGGUUUGAAGACAUCCACGGUGCCAAUGUAUCAAGCGGAGAUGUGCGAGGGCAAAACUCGAGGACGGCUGAUUUCAUCCGAAGUGCUCUUCACCGCGGUCGGUAUUGUUGUGGCGUACUGGUUUGACUUUGGCAUGUCAUUUGUCGGCGGCCCCAUCGCCUGGCGACUUCCUAUUGCAAUGCAAAUCGUGUUCGCCAUCUUCGUUAUUGUGCUUGUUUUUGGUCUCCCAGAAUCUCCGCGAUGGCUUAUGAACCACGGCCAAGAGCGAGAAGCCAUGGAGGUUCUCUGUGCCGUCUAUAAUCGGGAGGAGCACGACGAAUACAUCGUCAACGAGCACAGAGCGAUCUUAUCGGCCAUUGAGCUGGAAGAUGCAGUUAGCAAACAGUCUUUUUGGAAGAUCUUCCGUAACGAUGAGGUGAAGACGGGUCAGCGAGUGCUUCUUGCCUGGGGUAUCCAGCUCAUGAACCAGGUUGGAGGGAUUAACCUGGUCGUUUAUUUUGUUCCGACUGUCCUGAGACAAAACGUGGGUAUGAGUGCCCAACUUUCUCAGAUUCUCGGCGGGUGCAUUCAGAUCAUGUUCAUGCUCGGAUCGCUUCUUCCUGCAUUUAUGCUAGAUCGCAUGGGCCGACGCAAGACAAUGAUGAUUGGUUCUUUUGGCCUAGGCGUAUGCAUGCUUAUGGUCGCAGCCCUGCUAUCCCAGGUCGACAAGCCGAAUGGAAAGUCUUAUGCCUCCGCUUCUGUUAGCUUCUUCUUCCUUUAUAUGCUGAUCCAUGGCAUGUCCAUCAACUCGGUCCCAUGGGUGUACGUUCCAGAGAUUCUACCGCUAGAAGCCCGGACUAAAGGCACAGCUAUUGGAGUCAGCUCUAACUGGUUGUGGAACUUUACCGUGGUCAUGAUCACACCAGUGAUCAUCAACCGCAUCCAGUGGAAGGCGUACCUGAUCUUCAUGAUCACCAAUCUCGUCUUUAUCCCAAUCAUUUACUUCUUCUAUCCGGAGACUAGCAACUUGCGUCUUGAGGAUAUUGAUCUCAUCUUCUCCCGAGGCGGAGACCCGGUGAAGCAGGCCAGAAAGAUGGCAGCAGAGAUCAAGGCAUAUGGGUAUAUUCAAUCGGAACAGCGUUCCGAUGAAAAGGAGAUAAGUGGUGUCGAAGUGGAGCGUGUUUGAACUUGAGGUGAACACCCGAAGGCCGAACCUGAAGAACUGGCUGCUGAAAUAUUUGUAUUCACAAUUUCGCGGCCGGUGGCUACAUCCCACCAUGGGACUUUCUGGUGUUUUUCUUGUACCGCUUACCAGAGAUGCCAAUAUUCUAUAGACUACUCUGUAUACAUAAUCAUUACGAUAAC